GUCGAUCCAACCCAGAGCCAUAAACAAAGAAAAGGAAGACCCUCCCUUUCUGAUGAUACGAUGUCGUUUCCCGGCCAAUCACUUCAGUUCCCGACGGCUUACUACUCCGAGGACCCGGACCCGAGAGUCCCGCUCCAGAAUCUCGACACGGUCCGAACCCGAAUGGACUCCCUCCAGCUCUUCCUCACCCAAUCCAUCAACAACAACGCCCUGAUCACCCCCCACCAGAUGGACAUGGUCUCCGCCGGCAUCUCCUCCGCCAUCCACGAAAUCAUCUCCAACGGCGCCGCCCUCCUCGCCUGCUCCCGCAUCCCCCGACCCGACCCGAACCCCGACCCGACCCGGAAACCCGAGGUCAAGAAAGAACAGGAAAACAACAACAACGACGACGACGGCUGCGGCGGCGGAGACUCCGAGAUCGUGGAGGUCGACGCGGUGGAGCUGCUGGCGGAGCACAUCCACUACUGCGAGAUUUGCGGCAAGGGGUUCAAGCGCGACGCGAAUUUGAGGAUGCACAUGAGAGCGCACGGCAACCAGUUCAAGACUCCGGAAGCGCUGGCGAAGCCGGAGAAGAUUGCCGGCGGCGGCGGCGAGGUGUGUACCGGCGGCGGACGGAACACGCGGUUCUCGUGCCCCUACGUCGGUUGCAACCGGAACAAGGGGCACGCGAAAUUCCGGGCGCUGAAGUCGGUGAUUUGCGUGAAGAAUCACUUCAAGCGGAGCCACUGUCCGAAGAUGUACUCGUGUAAUCGUUGCAACAAGAAGAGUUUUUCGGUGGUGGCGGACUUGAAGAGCCACCUGAAGCACUGCGGCGAGGCGCGGUGGCGGUGCACGUGCGGCACGAGCUUCUCGAGGAAGAGCAAGCUGUUCGGGCACAUGGCGCUGUUCGAGGGCCACAUGCCGGCCGUGGAGGACGACAGCAAGGGCGCCGCGAGUUGUGUGGUCACGACGGCUAUGGAAGAGGAGGAGGAGGAGGAGGAUGGAGAGGAAAGGCACAGAACGACUUCGUGGAAGGGUGAGGGUUCGAAUCCGGUUUAUGAGGACAUUGAUUUUUCGUACGAGUUGUUUAGUGGGUUGGGAUCUAUUGAAGGGUUUUGUUUGGAGGAUAUGUUUGUUGAUUUGUAACAGUGAUGAUGAUCAGUUACUUGCUUGGGUCUGGAUUUUUGUUGUUUAGAUUAUAGAGCUGUGUAUAUGAUGCAGUGUAAUAAUUUUUGUGAUUGGAGAUUUGCAAAUUUGUUGCUGAAGAUUUAUUCUUUUUUUGCAAUCUCUGUUGCAAUGUCUAAUAAAAUCACAUUCUUUUUCGUUCAA